CAGCCACAGCAAGAAAGGCAAGGGCAAGCCAAGCGAAGCCAAGCCAAAUGCGCUGCAAUUGAUCCGUGCAACUGUUGCGGGAAGAUGGCCACAGACGUGCAGAAAGGAGUAAAAGCAUCGGUGGAGUAUGUCUGCAACCUCCUGACCUCCCUUGGUGCUCCCCCUGUAACGCCGGAGACCCUGCGGCAGGCCAAAUUCAAUGCUCCAGCUGCAGCAGGAAAACUGUGGCCCGUCCUUCACAGCCUCGUGCUUCUCCAGCUGACUGGCUUCCCCCAGGGUGACAUCAGCGAUCGCCUGAGCGAACUCUGGGCAAACUUGGACUUGGAGGGGCAGCAUGAGAAAAUCGCUGCCUUUGUCGAGUACUACCUCCGCCUUUGGGGUUGUUCCAGCCAAGCGACACCUCAUGCGGAGAGUUUUGAGAAGACUCAGAGCCGUGACCUCCUGAUAGCCCUCGGUUGGCUCAUCGCCCACACGGAUGUCUUCUCCCGUGGCCUUCAAAUCCGCACGGCCCGCCUGCGGAAGAGUCUCCCGCCGGACGUGCCGCUGCCGUUGCCCUCAUACCCGGGGGAUACUACUGACUGCCCAAGAUCGAAGAAUGCUGCUCGCCAUGCUUAUGCUCAAGUUUCAGCGCAUGUUGCCCGGGUUAAGGAGGCGGGGACUGGAUUAGAAGGAGGAGCGAAGGCUGACGCGCUGGUUAACGAGGCCUUAACCCUGUACGGCCGCCUCCGCUCCGAGCUGGGCAGCCUGGCGUCCUUCGACGCCUGCCAGGCGAAACGGAAGCAGGAGCUUAUUCACACCCAGCUCGAGAUCCGGGCGAAGACUGUGGAAGCAGCGGCGGCGGCCGGUGUGAAUUGCCCCCCGGCGCCGCCUUUGUACGGGCUGUACGAGCUGCAGCUGCUGAGGAAGCGGUCAGUCCUCGAGGCCCACGAGAAGGCGCUCAGCGUCGACGAGGCCAUUCACACCGCCGCCGCCGAGAGCGCCCGCCACGAGGCCCUCUUCUGGCAGUGGAUGGAGAGCGUGGUGGACGAACGCGAGGCCGGGGGGGCGGAUCACCACUCAAAACCAACCCCCCGGGACGAAGAAUUCUCCCGGUUGCCAAUUGAAGCGGAUUUGGCGGCGCUUACGAGCGAAUUGGACCUCAGAAUAGAAGACUCGAAGCGGGUACACAAACAGGGGGGUGUGUUAGAAUGCGGAUCAGAUAGUGGCGAAGAAGGGGGAGAAGAGGCGCGACGGAUUGAGGAGAUCGAAGAGUGGCUGCGAGAGAGAGGGUGGGAAUCGUACGAUGCGCUGUUGGAGCGCGUACUAGAAGACGCGGAGGUUUCGGGGGCCCACGACGUCAGCGGAGCGUCACUCCCGGACGACGUCAGGGCCCUUCUGGAAGGAUGCACGUCGCAUGCGGCGGACACUUGUAACCGAGGGUCUCCUGUCCCGCCGGAAGCCCGAGCGGCCUGGCCCGCUCACAUCCUCAUUCCGCCCGUCACCAAAGACGGACGGAACGUCAGAGGGAAGGCCGGAACGGGUGACCCGGGGCCAACCGCACCGCUCGAAACAGACAGGUUGAUGAAGCUCGCUCUAUCAAGCGCACGAGAACUCGCUCGAACUAGGGCGGACAACAAGCGCGCUCUUGGGCGCAUGCUCGCGCACCUUGAAGAAGUCGAAGACGUGCUGGUAUCUGGUCUCGUCCAUCAACCAUAGUUAUAUAAAAGGGAACAGCAGGGAAGUAGAGCCCGCGCACUCGCUGAGUACCGAAGGCAUGCGACCGCAUAGUCAGCAAAGGGCAUAGCAAGAACUGAGCAAAAGUUUGCACGAUCCAUGGAUGCUGUCCUCGUAUUGCUGAUCUCCUGCGCGCUUGGGAUCAGGCAUGAGGGUUGUCAACAUGUCAAUGAGGGCUCCAAUCCAGAGAUCAUUGGGAGCCUUAUGAAUGGGGUG